AUGAGAUUGGCCACUCAAAACCGUCUACUACUCUUAGGCCUUUCCAUGGGAAUCAUCUUCCUCACAAUGUUCAAUAAUUACUCCAGUUGUCGGCGCCGACAACUGGAGUACGACGUCCGAGUGAUCAACGGAUUUACGAACAACUCGUCGCUUGCCUUGGUCGUAUGGUGCUCAUCCGGUGGCGAGGAAUUUGGUGAUAUGGGUGGGCGAGCACUUCAGGAAGGCGACGAUUUCAGCUGGACCUCGACGACGACGACUAGUGGCGGCGUUAAUGUCGUGUGUACGGUGAAGUGGGAUCUGCGGAAGAGGAAAUUCGACGCGUUUAAGGUGGCGAGGGACGUUCGACGGUGCUACCGACCGAGGAAGUGUUCUUGGUUGGUUAAGGAGGAUGGGUUUUACUUCAGCAACGAUGAAGUGAAUUGGAAGAAAGACUUUUCUUGGUCUUAA